CAUCCGACUCGAUGUUUGGCAGCGUCAUGGUAUUUCACAGCAGUCCAUGAUAACUGACCGCCUAAAACCGCCCAUCCCGGCGCCUACUGUCAAUUAAAUUCUAACCGUAUAAAUUAAUGAACGGAUCCUUAGGUGUGCGUGUGUUUUACAGUAUGUGGUGCAAGGGAGUAAUCAGUUGAUCGGUAAAUGAAAAAAGGAUCAGUACACUGGACAGCGAUUUUCUCAUGCGGGUUGUUCAGCGCAACCGAGGCGGGCAGUGAGAUGACAUCUUUAGCUCCCAGUCAUCCGAUAAUGCCGACAGGAAAUCGUAUGGGUCCGCGUGCCUCUCCCUGCCCCAAGGGCUGAUCCUGAUCUUGCAGCCUGUGUGCCCGCAGAUCGCCCUGUGGGACUUGGGUGCUGUGCCCAGCUCGGCAGAGGCCAGCCUGCGUAGAAGAUGAGCAGAAAAUCCAGGGGUUGGUUCCUGUCACGCUCCUCCAAGCCCAAGGAUAAGAGCGAGGAGGAGACGAUGGCUUCUUUGGACCUCAAGCUGGAUCUUCUCUGCUGUCACAAGGUGCAGGACUCCCUGCUGAGCUCAGCCAGUAGGUUCACUGACUAUCGAGGGAUAUUCAACUGGUGUGUCAUCAUGCUGGUACUCACUCAUGCCCACCUGUUCCUAGAGAACUUCAUUCAACAUGGCUUCCUGGUGGACCUGAGGAAGGUUCUCAGACUUCUGGUGGAGGACGGUUAUAACUGGCCUUCCGUCUACCUGAUCCUCGUUUCCAAUGUGUUUGUGGCCACAGCUCUGUUGAUUGAGAAGUGGCAGGAGCAGGGCUUCCUAUCUCAGAGGACUGGAUGGGUCCUGGAGGCAGGAAACCUGCUUGUGUUGAUGGUGUUUCCCACAGCAGUCAUCCUGCACAAGUCCACCUCCAUUUCUGUUGUGGGGUCACUGCUCUCUCUGUGCUUCUACACUGUCCUCACCCUCAAGAUCUAUUCUUACCAUGAUGUGAACAGCUGGUACCGCCAAGGGCAAGUCGGAAACUCAGGGUCGGCAGAGAUGAAGGAGGAACAGGAGGACUGUCCAGGAAGGAGGGAGUAUCGAGACUGCCUGACGCUGAAAGAUCUGUAUUAUUUCCUCAUGGCUCCCACUCUGUGCUACCAGCUGAACUUCCCUCGGACUCGAACCAUCCGCAAGAACUUCCUCUUUCAGAGGCUCUUGGAAAUGCUUAUCCUGAUCCAGCUGAUGGUAGGGAUAGCUCAGCAGUGGAUUGGGCCGAUCAUCCAGAGGUCAGAGUGCACCUUCACAAAUAUGGAUACCACUGCAAAGAUUGAGCAUCUGAUGGAGUUGGUGGCACCCAAUCACUUCCUCUGGCUCAUCCUGUUCUACCUGCUCUCUCACUCCUGCCUCAACUUCAUCGCCGAGCUGCUGUGCUUUGGAGACCGCGAGUUCUAUGGGGACUGGUGGAAUGCUGAUAACCUGAAGGCCUUCUGGAGUAAAUGGAAUAUUCCUUUCCACAAGUGGUGUUCAAGGCACCUGUACAGACCCCUGCUCCGGAGGAGACUGGCCCCUCAGCACGCAGAGCUGACCGUCUUUGUGAUGUCUGCGGCCAUGUGUGAGGUACCACGCCCUGGGGGACCGGACAUUCAUCCACAACUCUCUCCACCUGCCCAAAACAAACGACUUCCUCAUUGCUGUACCUCUGCAGAUGUUUCGCCUCUGGAUCUUCAUCAUCAUGAUUCUAGAGAUCAAAGUGGCGUACUUCCUGGGGCACUAUUUCACAGGGAACUAUGGCAACGGCAUGGUGUGGCUCUGCAUGCUCCUGGGCCCUCCCAUCGCGGUCAUGACCUACUUCCACGACUACUACAUCCUGAACAAGGAAAACUCCUCCUGGACGCUUAUUUUACCACCACUCUAGACCACCAGCUCUGUGGGAAACCCGGCCGAUUAAAGGCUUCUCCCCUGGAGAAAGCAAUGCCCCGUCUCGUCUAGCGUCUGCCAUGUGUGCUCUUCUGCUCUGUAACUAUGGCUUCUGGAUUCAGUGUUUUGCCAUUCUUAUGCUCCUUUAAAUGUUUGCUUGACACCCA